GCCAGCUGAACUCUGAGAUAUGAUUGAAGGGACUGCAACACUGGAGAUGAAGUUUUGAUUUUCCAUUAAAAUCACGGUCGAUGGAAACCUCAGAGAAGAUGUUUAACUGGGACGAGGAGUGGAACAUCUCUUUCGCAGGCUGUGGAUUCAGGAGUAUUUACUACCUGGGAGCUCUGGGCUGUCUCCUCGAGCGGGCGCCGCAGCUGGUUUAUGGUGCUUCUAAAAUCGGUGGCGCUUCUUCUGGAUGUCUGGUCGCCGCAGCUCUGACUGUUGGGAUUCCCAUUGAGCAGAUGUGUGCUGAUGUGUUGACCAUGGCCAAAGAGGCCAGAAAACACACACUGGGAGUUUUCCACCCCACCUUCAGUCUGCUGCGGACGGUGCGGGCAUCUCUGCUGGAGAAACUUCCAGAGGACGCCCACCUCCGGGCCUCUGGAAAGCUCUGUGUGUCCCUCACCAGACUGGCUGAUGGGAAGAACGUUUUGGUGUCAGAGUUUGACAGCAGAGAGGAGCUCAUUCAGGUUCUCAUGUGCAGCUGCUUUUUCCCUGUUUACUGUGGUUUCGUCCCACCUUCAUACCGAGGAGUGCACUACAUGGACGGAGCGCUGAGCAACAACAUGCCGCUGUUCGAGCAGAGAAACACCAUCACCAUGGCGCCGUUCUCAGGUGAGAGCGACAUCUGCCCCACAGAGGGCACAUUCAACUUCUUCGAGGUGCACUACGGCAACGUCAGCAUCCAGGUCAACACGGGGAAUGUGCACCGUGUGUGUACAUCCUUCUUACCUCCUAGACUUGAGAAACUGGCUGAGAUCUGUCACAAUGGCUACAUGGACGCUCUUCGUUUCCUGAGAGAAAGAGAUCUGCUUGGAACACAGUGUCUUCCCCACAGUUUGGAGGCAGAGAUGGACGCACUCAAACCGGCUUGUUGUGAGCUGGUGAAGGAGGCGGAGUCCAAGAAGACACCGGUGGAUGGACCGAAUCCUACACAACAAGAGCUCUGCCGGCUGGACCACAAAGUCAUUGAGAACCUCCCAGUUAACAUCAAAAAAAUCCUGUGUGAGGCCUGCAGGGAGAGUCAUGAUGGUGUCAGGUGGUGGUCUCAGCUCACUCAGAUCCUUCCUGUCAAAGUGUUUUUGUAUCUGCUGACUCUCCUCAUGCUGCCCAUCGAGCUGAUCUCCGUACUCACCAAAAGUGUGAUACAGUCGAGCUGUACGGUCUUCUACACACUGUUGACGUCAGCCACAGACUUCUGCAGUGGAGGCGAGGAAAACAACAGUGCGUCUCUGGAGCAGCACUGCAGCAGCAGGUCCUCCCGCUCCAAUCUCAGGAUCCAGACAGGAGGAGACAAACACAUGAAACCUUUGACCUCAACAGUCACCCCGGUUUCCAACAAAAAUCUCCACAGGGACGACAGCGGUAACCUGGGCCUUCUCUCCCUCACCUCCACCUGUGCAGUUCUGCCUAACCUCCAAAUAUCAAAUUUGCCUAAAUGUGGCAAAGUGACUUUAAACCACAGAAGUAAACGGACACAUUAUCAACCAUAA